UAUGUCUGUUUGUCCAGCGUGAUUGAGUUUCCUAAUGUUUGGAAGCUCAUCUUAUGAGCUUUUCGAACACACACACAUACACAUUAGAAUUCAUCUUAUCUUUAAUUAAUUUGUUCUUCGAUCUUAGUCGUAAGCUAGCAUAUUAAAUAAUUAUUAUACUACAUACGUGUGUAUAUAUAUAUAUAUAUAGCGUGCCUAGCUAGCGUUUUCGGCCCGCACGCACGGUCCAUCGAUCAAUUAUAUAUAUUCAAUAUAUCAGAGGAGCUGAGGCCGGCGGUGGUAGCGCGCAUAUAUAGUAUGGCGGCGGCGGCGUUGUUAAUGUUGACAAGGAAGCGACACAUUUGCGCAUUGUUGUUGCUGCUGCUAGCAGCGUGUGGUGCUCCCACAUUGCGGGCGGACAUCGCUGAAUACGAUGACUACUUGAAGAAGAAAGCCGAGGAAGCCUUCCAUUCCUCCCUCCAGGCUUACUAUGCCGACCCCGAACAAGUCACCGAUCAUUUCAAUGCCGAAGUUGGGGACACGAUAAAAAACUUGACCGGGAAGAUGAGAAGGAAGCUUAAGGAAGGUGGCGGGGGCGCGUGCCAGGCAACGAAUCCUAUUGACAGGUGCUGGAGGUGUGAUCCGAAUUGGAGCAUGAACAGGAAGAGGUUAGCCGAGUGCGCGAGGGGGUUCGGGCACGGGACGGUGGGUGGAAAAGAGGGUGAGAUUUACACCGUGACGGAUGCCUCAGACGAUGACGUGGAAGAGCCAAAGCCGGGCACGCUCCGGCACGCCGUGAUUCAGGAAGAGCCGUUGUGGAUCAUCUUCGCCAAGUCGAUGGUGAUCACCCUGAAGCAAGAGCUGAUGAUAAACCACGACAAGACCAUCGACGGGCGCGGGGCGUCGGUGCACAUCGCGUAUGGCGCGGGGCUGACAAUCCAGUUCGUCCAGAAUGUGAUCAUCCACAACAUCCGCAUCCAUCACAUCCUGCCCAAACCGGGCGGCCUGGUGAGGGACUCCGUGUCCCACAUCGGCCUCAGAACCAUGAGCGAUGGAGACGCCAUCUCCAUCUACGGUUCCAACCAUGUGUGGAUCGACCAUGUCAGCAUGGCCAAAUGCAGUGAUGGUCUCAUUGAUGCCAUCAUGGCUUCCACUGCCAUCACUAUUUCUAAUUGCAAGUUCAAUCACCAUAAUGACGUGAUGUUAUUAGGGGCGAGUGAUUCAUUCUCUGAAGACUCGGUAAUGCAAGUGACAGUAGCAUUCAAUCGGUUCGGGAGGGGGCUGAUCCAGAGGAUGCCGAGGUGCCGAUGGGGGUUCUUCCACGUGGUGAACAAUGACUAUGCUCAGUGGGAGAUGUACGCGAUCGGCGGGAGCUCGAGCCCCACGAUAGUGAGCCAGGGCAACCGCUUCAAGGCCUCCGACAACCCUUUCACCAAGGAAGUGACCAAGAGAGACUACGCUCCCCAGGCCCAGUGGAGUCACUGGCAGUGGAGAUCAGAGGGCGACUUGUUCUUGAAUGGGGCAUACUUUGUUGAAUCCGGGCAGGAGUUGAAGCGCACCCCAUUGACCAAGAGCAGCCAAAUCAAGUACAAGCCUGGAUCUUACGUCGGACGCCUUACCCGCAAGGCUGGUAUGAUCAGAUGCAAGCUCCACACACCUUGCUAGCUAAUUUAUUAACUACUAUACACAUGCUGUACUCAUUUUAUUCCAUAUGCCCCCAUCAAGCUAAGCUUGCUUUACAUGUAGCUAGUGUUGGAUAUACCCAUAUAUAUAUAUAUAUAUAUGACCAACACACACUCACCUACACAUAUAUGACCAAUUGAAUGAACCUAACAUUGUAUUUUGUUUUCAUCUACUUUUCCUAGCUAUUUAUUUUGCUUUGCU